AUGUCAGAUUGGGGGCCGGUGUUUGUGGCGGUGGUGCUCUUCAUACUGCUAACGCCGGGAUUGCUGAUUCAGGUACCCGGACCCAACCGAUGUAUCGAGUUUGGCAACUUUCAGACGAGCGGAAUGUCCAUACUGGUUCAUUCCAUUCUCUACUUCGCUCUCAUCUGCAUUUUCUUGUUAGCUGUGGGGAUCCACAUACUGAAGAGGAAUGCUCAUAAUUGCUUCCUACGCAUAGAGAUGGACAUUAAGUAUAACAAGGAACAGAAUAAGAAGCAAACCACAGAUAACAGUGUGCAACAAUAUGGAGGCUACAGUACUGGUUUUCAUUUCCAAGAAAUCAAUAGGCCUAUGCUUCCGAGGAAGUUGAAAGAUUUGUCCUGGCGACAGAAAUGCAAACAGCGCUGCAGCUUUGAGUGGAGCGAGCUGCCUAAUCAUUCACCCCCUCCACCUUCCUAGUUUUGAUUCUUCCAAU